AUGGGCAAAGAGAUCGGCCCCCUCCUGUCGUCGAAGGAUUCGCUCGAGCAUCGCCAGUCAGCGAAGGAGCUCAGCGAUGCCAUCAAGAAGGACCCAAUGAAAUGCAUGGCUUUGCUCGAGACCUCGAAGUGCGAAGUGCGCGACGCUGCGACCUCUGAGUACUUCCCCGCUGACGUGGCGGGCAAGACUUCGAAGCGCGCGCCGUUGAAUUUCAUCCAGCACCAUGUCCCGGCAGCCGUGGGAUGCGCAAAAAGCGUCGUGACCGACAUGUGCAAGAAGGAUGCGAAUACUCUGAGGAUGCUGUUCUAUCGUCUCACGCCCGCGUUGCCUGGGGGCGAGUCCGGGCCAUUGAAAGUCCACUUGGUUGGCGGUGGCACGAGAGUCACAGCGACCUGUUCUAUCGACUUGAAUUGGCUCUACAACGACCCCGUGGCGCUCGACCCGAGCAAGCCGUGGAGCGAGAUCCCCGCGCGGUCUUUUUCUGAGGCGGCCGCGAAGCCGCUGCGUGCAAGCAUCGAGGAGAAGAAGAAGGAGCCCGACAAGCUCUGCGAGUCGCCGGAGGGCGUCUUGGACGCUUCCGAGGUCGCCAGCGUCGCGGCGCCCAACGACGAGGUCUCGGCGUCGGAGUUCGCCGGCGCCCCUGCGAAGACCGCUGCUGCGUCGAAUGCUGCCUCGGGGGCGUCGCCGAUGGGCGGCGCAGCGAGCUCCAGCGGAUUGACCUCGCCAGCAUCGUCGCUGCCCGCGGUGCCGUUGGUGGGCCUGGCAGGCGCGAAGCCACCCUCGGUCCGCUCCGAGAGGAAGCACGAGGCCAGGCUGGCGUUGGCGAGCCAGCUGGGGCAGCAGAAGAUCGACGAGCCGUCGACGCCUAAGUGA